UAGAAAGAGGUGCAGGGUUACAUUCUGGAGAUAUCUAAAAAAAUAAUGUUUUUACCUACAGAAGGAAAUGUAAUUGCGUCGAAAUUUAAUAUAAGGUACACCGGGGAAAGUGUCAAUUUGGGGCAAGUGGAACCCAUCGCGAUAAUUAUUUUAAAAUAUACCAUUCACAGUGCCAUCUGCCGGUGAAUCACUUCAAUGUAAUGUGCACUUGCGCUACAGAUCACAAUACUACCCAUAUCUCAUACGGCUUUCCCGCCAGCGUGAAAUAACCUUCAACGUGUUUGUUUUGGUCGUAAGUGCAGUGCAGCGAUUGUGCAUUUAACUGGAAAUAAAACGAUUACUUAUUGCUUUUUUCUGUGGGUUGUUGAAAAUGCCACGAACGUAUAUCCGGAAGACCAAACCACCUGAAUACACCAAGGAGGAUCUUGAAUCGGCAGUACAGGCGGUUAAAAACGGAGAACUUACUAUGUAUAGAGCGGCAAAAACCUAUAAAAUACCCAAAGCAACCAUUUAUAAACGUGUGAAAGGUUUGCGUGGCGUGAAGAGUAGUUCUUUGGGUAGAGCACCUGCGCUUCCUCAUGAUGUUGAAGAAAAAAUCGCGUCAGGAAUCAAGAUAAUGGAGAAAUGGGGAUUUGGUUUGUCGAAAAAAGAAGUUUUGGAAACCAUCGGUCGUUACAUUAAUGCUAACAACAUCAAGACACCUUUCCGAAAUGGCAUUCCAGGAAACGAUUUUUUUUCAAGAUUUAAAAGAGACCAUAAUUUAAGCCAAAAGAAACCGCAAGCUGUAGAAGUAGCCCGCAAACGUAGCAUGGACCCUUUUAUAAUAAAUAGUUAUUUCAACCUGCUUAAAAAGAAUAUUCAAAAUAUACCAGCGUCGCAAAUCUACAAUAUUGAUGAGACAAGUUUUUGUGUAGACCCAGCUCGAAUUAAAGUUGUAGGUGAAAGAGGGACAGCAGCUCAUCGGGUUACAAGUGGCCCAGGUAGAGAAAACAUCACUGUCCUCUUUGGGGGCAAUGCUGCUGGGGAGAAGCUGCCUCCCCUAAUUGUAUUUAGAGGAAAAAAUGUCUGGGACAGUUGGCUGUCAAUAAAGGAGGGGUAUCCGGGAAUGACAUAUGCUGCGUCCAAAAAUGGGUGGAUGGAUACGCAAACUUUUGAAAAUUAUUUUCAAAAUAAUUUUUUAAAAAACGUUUGUCCCGAAAGACCUGUGGUUUUAAUUUAUGAUGGCCAUAAUUCGCAUGUGGGGGUAUCAUUGGUAGAAAUGGCCAUGAAACAAAAAGUUGUUAUCUUAAAGUUACCUGCUCAUUCGAGUCAUUUGCUCCAACCAAUGGACCUGGCGGUAUUUCGGCCAUUGAAAAUAAUGUAUGAUGAAGAACUUAUAAAAUGGCAACGACGUAAUUAUGGACAUAAGCUCCCAAAGUCAGAAUUUGCCUCAAUUAUUUCACGUAUCUGGCGCAAUGCAAAUCCGGCAAUAAUAGCAAAAGGAUUUGAGAAAGGUGGCAUUCAUCCAUUUAACAAUGCGGUGAUUCCAGAAGAAAAAUUUGAGACGGGUGCAUAUCAGAGAUGGCGUCAAAGUCAAGAAAUAGGUGAUAAUAUUUCCAAUGGUGGCAUCUCCAUUCAGCAAGCAGAUGUGCCCCAAAAUGAAGAGCACCAAACAGCUGAUAGCAUUUUCAGAGAGGUCGUGACUAGUAACACUGUAGAUCCGAUGCCAUCGACUUCUAGUUCAAUUUUACCAACUGUUGUUCAAGAAAAUUUAUCUUUCGAAACGAUGCUUCUCGAACAGCUAAAACAGGCACCAAGAACGUCAAGUAAGCGAAGACGCGUAUGUGCUGGAGCGGAGGUAAUAACAACACAAGAAGCACUAGAGAAACUGAAGGAAUCAAGACGAGGAAAUACACAGACUAAAAAGAAAGCACAAGAAAAGAAUAAAGCAAACCAAGGAGAUGAUAUAAAUGAUGAGCAAUCGUCAAAUGACGAAAUUGAUAGAGAUCAAUUACCAUCUGAUUCAGAAGAUGAUACCAAUUUAGAAGAUGAAGCAGAUGAGUAUAACGAAGAAAAUGAGUUUAUGGGGAUGUUGAACAAAAAAUGUGAAGAGUUAGAAAAAGAUGAUUGGAUAUUGGUGAAGUUUGCUUCAAAGAAGAGCUUCAAGUGUUAUGUCGGGCAAGUAACGCAAGCAAACAGUGAACUGGAAGCAACAUUUGCUCGAAAAAUAGGCUCUUCGAACUACUUUCACUUUCCUGUGGUCGCAGAUACUUCUGUGUUUUCUCUGGACCAAGUCAUAAUGAUUUUACCCAAACCAAUACUUAAGAGGGGAAAGUUUACCUUCAAUGUAUCUUUUGAUAGUCUCAAUGUGAAUUAAAAAUCAAAACAGUAAAAUUUUUUUCUAGAUAAUUUAACGUUGACUUUUCAUUCCA